AUGGCAGAAGAGGCUUCAGAAGAAGCCGAUUCCAAUGCAUGCUCAGACUCACCAAGCUGCAAGAAGGGCGACUGCGACGCAUCGGGAUCCUGUUCAGAAGCGUCGAGCAAUGCAUCCAGCUCCAGCGACAAAAACACACCGGACAGUAGUUCAGACAAGGAGGGGUGUUUGGCGAAGCAGGCCUGCUUGAAAAAGAGUCAGCCAGAGGGCUCGAGCUGCUCGGGGAGCUCGGACGAGCAGUCCUUGCGCUGCUCCGAAAGCUCAUCUUGCAAAGCAAGCGACUGCUGUCUUAAGUCAAAAAGUGGCGCAUUGGAGUCUGAGUCGGCGUCGGCGUCCGAGGAAUCAGACAGCAACGCAGCCAAGUCGUCCACCGACGCGACCCCAUUGAAAGCUUCCUCCAAGGACGAAAAGGCAGAAAGCAGCGGCGGCAGCAAGGAGACGCCAAAAGAGGGAAAGUCCAGAGAGGAGAAGGAGAAAAAAAUGGGAGAUGACCGGUCCGGGUGGUCGCUCUCGGAGGACGCGCUGCUCCGGUCCAUGAAGGAGGCCAGCGACGGCCUGAGCUGGGAAGACAUUGGCCGGAGCUUGAACCGCACCAAGAACGAGUGCAAGAGCCGGUGGAAGGCAAUCAGGGACCAGAAGCCGGAGAAGCCGGAGGAGGCGCCAACGGACGGGGCCGCCGCGGACGGAGAAGCGUCAGCAACGAAGGAAGCGAAACCCGACGCUAAAUCCGGGAAGAAAGAACCCGACGACACCAAGAACGCCGCCGCCGCCGCCGCCGCCGCCGCCGAGGACGGCGACAAGCAGGGCGCGGCAGACGGCGGCUCCUCCACCUCGUCGCGCGAACACAGCGAGCACGAGCGGCAGCGAAGGUACUGGCACGAGCACAUCGGCCGGCAUCUGUUCCCGUCGGCGGCGGCGGGGGUGGCGGUGCUGCGUCUGGUACCGGACGCGCACUUCUCCGCCGAGGACUGCCGCGCACUCGAGACGGCGGAUGCGCGCGGCCGCGGCGCGGGGAGGUGGCUCGACACGCAGGCGCGGUUUUAUAACGCGACGGGCCGCAUGGUGCCGCUCGAGGUGCUGAGGAGGAAGCUGGCGGAGGGGUAUGCGGGGGGUGUGGUGGACGUGGAGGGUUGGUUGGAUGGUGUGCGGGAUUGA